GCCGCGGCCUUGGGCCUCGUUGUCAGCGCGUGCGCGCAGAGUGCGCGAGUCCCGAAACCCUGGCGGAGCGCAGCGCGAAUGGAGGCCUGAGGGCGGCGGGGGCGGGGCGCGCCGCGAGCGGGGGCUGUGGCCGCGGCGGGCGCCGUCUAGAGGAGGCCCGGCCGUCCGCCGCCACGCACUCGGGCGCGGUGAAACGCAGGCGGGUCAGACCGUGGGCCGCGGCGGCGAUGCAGCGACGGCGGCGCGCUCCGCCCGCGUCUCAGCCGGCCCAGGACGGCGGGCGCGGCGAGGAGGUGGAGGUGCAGUUCUCCGCCGGGCGUUUGGGCUCGCCCGCGCCUGCCGGGGCCCCCGCGCGCUCCACCGCCGAGGACGAGGAGCGGCUGGAGCGCGAGCACUUCUGGAAGGUCAUCAACGCGUUCCGCUACUACGGCACCAGUAUGCAUGAACGAGUGAACCGAACAGAAAGACAGUUUCGAUCACUUCCAGAUAACCAGCAGAAACUGCUUCCUCAGUUUCCUCUUCACUUGGACAAGAUCCGGAAAUGCAUUGACCAUAAUCAGGAGAUACUGCUGACCAUUGUGAAUGAUUGCAUACAUAUGUUUGAAAAUAAGGAAUAUGGAGAAGAUGGCAAUGGAAAGAUUAUGCCAGCAUCUACAUUUGACAUGGAUAAGUUAAAGUCUACAUUGAAACAGUUUGUAAGAGACUGGAGUGAAACUGGGAAAACAGAAAGGGAUGCCUGCUAUAAGCCAAUCAUAAAAGAAAUUAUAAAAAACUUUCCAAAAGAGAGAUGGGAUCCUUCUAAAGUAAAUAUUCUGGUACCUGGUGCUGGACUAGGAAGAUUGGCCUGGGAAAUAGCUAUGCUAGGUUAUGCUUGUCAAGGAAAUGAAUGGAGUUUUUUUAUGCUCUUUUCUUCCAACUUUGUACUCAACAGAUGUUCUGAAAUUAACAAAUAUAAACUUUAUCCUUGGAUCCAUCAGUUUAGCAAUAAUCGGAGAUCAGCUGAUCAGAUUCGACCCAUUUUUUUCCCUGAUGUUGACCCCCACAGUCUUCCUCCAGGUUCUAACUUUUCGAUGACAGCAGGAGACUUCCAGGAGAUUUACUCAGAAUGCAAUACUUGGGACUGUAUUGCCACCUGCUUCUUCAUAGACACAGCUCACAAUGUAAUUGAUUAUAUCGAUACGAUAUGGAGAAUACUCAAGCCAGGUGGAAUUUGGAUAAACCUUGGUCCUCUACUGUACCAUUUUGAAAAUCUGGCCAAUGAACUGUCUAUAGAAUUGAGCUAUGAGGAUAUUAAAAAUGUUGUUCUUCAGUAUGGAUUCCAGCUGGAGGUGGAAAAAGAAUCUGUAUUGUCAACAUAUACUGUGAAUGAUCUCUCUAUGAUGAAAUACUACUAUGAAUGCGUUUUGUUUGUGGUCCGGAAACCACAGUAAUAGUCUUAAGUGAUAUUACCCAGAAAAAAGUUUAAUAUGAACAAAUGCUGAAAUAAACAACUCACAGUCAACUAUCAGUGACAACAGGACACAACCUCAAAUCAGUGGUGCCUUCUUAUUCCUAACAAAAUUUAGAAACUGUCUAUUUUCUUAAUAUGUAUUGCCUUUUUCAGAAAUAUACUAUACCAUGCAGAUUCAUACUGCACAAGAAAAAAAAAAUGGAGAAAAUAUCUCCCAUGCAGAUAUAUAAUAGAGGAAAUAUCUUCAAGUACUUCUUUUCUUUGAAGCCCAGAAUUGUCUUUGUUUAUGAAAAUAAACCUAAACUCCAGUCUUCAUGAAGCUGUUGCAAGUUUGCCAUAUUAAUGACUAAUAAUGCUAAAGUUCAUACUAAUCUCCUUUUUGGGUUUUACAUUGUAUGUGCUACUUUUAGAAGAGUCUAAGGAUCCUCUGACAUAUUUAGCAUCUGGAAUUGGAACUUUGUUUUCAUUGGACCUACAUAAUCUAUACUUAAAGAAUUUUGAAACCAUUCUUUCAAAAGUUUCAUUCAAAUUCGGUUGUUUUUCCCCCCCUUAACCUCAGCUGAAUUUAGAGAGGCAUCAGAUAUGUCUUCUAUGGAGUAUUUAUUCAGUUGCAUCACAGGUGAAAAUUCAAUGAAAUACAUCAACAGAGAAAUUCAGUCUUUAUCCAUGCUAAACUGAAUCUUAUAGAAACUCCUGGAUCCCUUUGAAAUGUAUAAGAUAUAAACAUUCAGAGACACAAAAAUUUUUUAUUUUUUUUAAAGCAGUGUUAAAUAACUGGAAAAGUAAGAAUACAAUCUGCCCAUCUGAAACAUUUCAAAUUAGAAAUGAGUUGUAAAGUUUGUCAGUGUAAUGUUUACAAUGAUGUCGUUUAUUAAGUAAUGUGGCUUAUAAGAGCAAGCACUUUUUUUUUUUUUUUUUUUUAGUUAAAGUGUAUUUUAGUAAAAGCUGUCAUGAUAGAAUUAACGUGAGACGUUUGAGUAUGAAAUUCAGGGAUAAGUUAAUGCCAUGGUCUGUGCCGUCAGUAUCCUAGGCAGCAGCUAUUCAUGAAAUUUCAGAUGAAUAACAGAUUUGUCCCCGAUAGAGUUGGAGUUUAAACAGUGUGUGUGCUGCUUUAAUUUUCUACCUCUAGGGAGGCCUGUUUGGGAGGGAGUUUUCCUUGUUGCUGUUAAUUUUAACAAUGGUUAUUCCGUUUCCAUUAGCUAGGAAAGCAAAGAUGACUAAUACUUUAACUUCUACAAGAAAAGAAAGCUCUUGCUGAAUAUUUCACAGAUGGCUGUGACCUCUGACAUUUGGCUUAGAUGGAUUUAAUAUAUGUGGUGGUCAAACCGCCCUGUUGCCAUGCUUUAAUAGGAAGCCUUACUGUGCAUCUUCAGGCCUUUGUGUUGCUUAGGUUGGGGCGUCUGUAGGCUCUGCGCUUUUUGGUUGCGGGAGUUCUACACAGUGUGGGACUUUGUCUCAUCUGCCCUCCCCGAUGCAGAACAUGGCUCCAUGGAAUGAAUUUUACUAUGGCUAUGUACAUACAUAGUCUACUUACCUUUUAAAAUUAUUUCUUGCUGGGCGGUGGUAGUGCACACCUUUAA